AUGGUGAUUGUGACUCGUCCAGUUUUGACUGUUCCUGUUGAGAUUCCUCAGUUGCCGUUGUUGGUAAUAGCUACAGUAAAAACAUUAAUUAGUAAUUUAUUUCAGGUGCCGGCAACUUCAGAUGAAUGGAAAAACGUUGAAUCUGGAUUUAGGCAACGAUGGAAUUUCCCAGGAUGUGUAGGAGCUUUGGACGGCAAACACAUUGUAAUACGUGCCCCUACCGCUACUGGAUCCGAUUAUUACAAUUACAAAAAUAGUUUCAGUAUUGUAUUAAUGGCUUUAGCCGACUCCGAUUAUUGCUUUCUGUAUGUUGAUGUUGGCGCUAAAGGAAGAGGUUCUGACGGAGGCAUCUUCCAAAACAGCUCGUUAUACAAAGCUUUCGAAACAAACUACUUUGCAAUGCCAAAUGACUUUUUGAUUGUUGGAGAUGAUGCGUUUCCCUUAAAAACGUAUUUGAUGAAACCGUAUAGUCGGCGUAACAUGUCCUAA